AUGGCGGUCGACAAGAUCCAAGUCUCCGGUGAUUCCCGUAUCGAAUACAAGAAAGCCAACCUCAAUGGCCGGACUUACUCGUACCUCCUCAGCCAACCUAGUUCAGGACAGUACAAGGCUACAAUCUUCCUAAUCCAUGGCUUCCCCGACAUCUCCAUGGGAUGGCGGUAUCAAAUCCCCAUGCUCGUCAAUAUGGGCCUACGCGUAGUAGCCCCAGAUUGUCUCGGAUACGGACGAACAGUACAGCCCCCUCCGCAACAUCCCAAACCCAGCUCACAAGACCAGGACGCACCGGACGACUUCACGCCCUACUCGCACAAAAGCUGCGCGGCAGAUAUCAAAGCCCUGGCUACACACCUCGGCGAGCGGACCAUCAUCCUAGGUGGACAUGACUGGGGUGCUGCUUUCGCCUACCGUAUCGCCAUGUGGUACCCGGAUCUGGUGAGCCAUCUGUUCACCGUUUGUGUGCCGUACGCGCGCCCCAUGAAAGAAAGCAUCUCCCUCGAAAGCUUGGUGCAAAAUGCUGCGCCGCAUUUCGCGUACCAGAUUCAGUUUAAGAAUGGGGAGUUGGAGAAGGUGAUUAAGUCUAAGGAUGAGAUUCGCCAAUUCCUGCUUGCGCUGUACGGAGGACGUACUGAGGCUGGGGAGGUUGGGUUUGAUGCGCACAAGGGUGUGUUGGUGGACAAGAUUGGUGGGCUGAAGCCCUCGAAGCUCUUGAGUGAAGAGGAGCUGGAGUAUUAUACGAAUGAGUUUGCUAGGAGCGGUGUCCAUGGUCCACUUAAUUGGUAUCGCACUCGCGAGGUGAAUCACAAAGAAGAGCUUGAGAUUCUUGAUCGACAGAUUCAGAUUCCGACACUCUUCAUCCAGGCUUUGAGAGACCAGGCCCUGCCGCCGCACCUGGGGAAGUCGAUGGCUAAGCAUAUUCCGAAUCUUACCCUGAAGCAGAUCAAUACCUCGCAUUGGGCGCUGUGGGAGAAGCCCGAGGAAGUUAAUGAUAUCAUCUCGGGCUGGUUGAAGGAGAAAGCCUUUGCUGGAAGAAAUGGCAAGCUCUAA